AUGUUCGUUACACAAGGUUGGGGGCACAGGCACUGGCUCACUGCGGUGGACGCGCGUGCGUUCAGAGCGGAGCGCGCGGGGCGACUGAGCGGCGGCUGGGCGGCGGGCGGGAGGGGCGGGCGGCGGCGGGCGGGGCGGAAGCGCGAUGGGGCGGGCGGCCAGUGGGCGGGGAGCGCCGGCCCUAAUCGAGGCGCCCUAAUUGAUCGGCGGCCGCCGCGCCGCCGCGACGCCAAUCCAGCUGCGCCCGCGGCCGCCGACACCGACGCCGACGUCUCACUGCCGAUAGGCGCAAUGUUCAAUGGCCCAUGCUCACUGAUGACGCCCUCAAGCGCAGCCCUCUCGGCCUCUGCCAAAUGCGAGUCACUAAGAAAUAUAGUCAAUGGUGCUAUAAUACAGACAGUUAUUUUGGAUAUACGAAUAAUGCUAUUAUUGCUGAAGUGGUGGACUCCGCGCCAAGCAUAUCGAAAG